AUGGCAACUAGUUAUUCAUCAGUAUCACAACGUGAACGUAAUGCUCAAGCAUUUUUCCCUAAUUCAGCUACACAUGCUGAUCAAUGUCGUUUUGUUUGCAUCUAUCCGGCUUAUAUAAAUGCAAAGAAAACACGUGCACAAGGACGUCGUGUUGGCAAAGCAAAAGCAAUUGAUAAUCCAACGGCCAAUGAAAUACGUGAUAUUUUAGAAAAUGCCGGUUUAAAAGUUGUUUUAGAACCUAAUCGUUUAUAUAGUCGAGAAGAAUCACGUGAACCUCAACAACGUGGUCGUGUUCGUGUUCAAUUAAAAAAUUCGGAUGAAACAUUAAUAAAAGAACAAUUUAAAACAAAGGAUGAUUUAUUAUUUUAUUUGGUUGAUAUGAUCCCGAAAUUAAAAUCACGUACUGGCAAUCAACAACAACAACAACAAAGUCAACAAGGUGGUGGCAAAGGCAAAAAACGCUAG